AGGUGAGCCCGUACGGCUGUACUGGCCCUUUAAAUAGGUUUUACAUCCGGGACAGCGCUUCAUUUCCUCUGACGGUCCGACAGACUCCUGCUGAUGAAGACCCACCUCUAACGGGCUUGUUUACGAAGGGUUAACAGGUGCGCUGCUGCCGCUGGCCCUCAGCUCACUAUGGCCCAGAACCAAGUGAUCCUGCAGUUCCGCUUCUCCACAUUUGGGGACUCCAUGCUGCAGAAGAUGAACCUCUUACGACACCAGAAACGCUUCUGUGAUGUCAGUGUGCGCAUCAACCAGCUGGAGGUCCCUGGUCACAAGGUAGUGUUUGCGGCUGGCUCCUCUUUCUUGAGGGACCAGUUCAUCCUUCAGCAGGACUCCAGGGAGGUCCAGAUCUCCAUGAUCCAGGGGGCGGAGGUGGGCCGGCAGCUGCUGCUGUCCUGCUACACGGGUCAGCUGGAGUUUCCUGAGCUGGAGCUCGUGAAUUACCUGACAGUGGCCAGCUUCCUCCAAAUGGGCCACAUUGUGGAGCAGUGCACUCAAGCUCUCAGCAAGUUCAUCAAACCCCAGUCUGCACGCAAGCUGGAGGUGGAUGUGGGUAUGAAGAGGGAGAAGAAAGAGGGUUUAACCUCCCAGGCCCAGAGAGAGCAAGAGCGCUCUCAGGUUCGAACUUCUCAUCAGGAUGAGGAGGAGGUGAUGCAGGCUGGGGACGACAACAAUGGCGACGACGGCAGCGACGUGGACGACGGCAGUCAAGACGACGAUGACGUGAUCGUACAGCCUACGUCCCCUCUUCAGACCUUAGGCAAACGUCCAAAGCAGGGUGUGGUGGAGAGUGACAUCACUAUAGUAAAAGUGGAGUCUGUGUCUGAUGUAGCAGAGAGCUCCAUCACUGGUAACCUCCUCACCAGUCCUGCUCCCCCUACACUCCACUCUCCUGAGCCCCAGCACUCUCUCAUCAACUCCACUGUGGACAGUCGUGGCUGUGAGAUGGUGGUUCCGCCCGGCGUAGCCGGUCCCCCUCAUGCAGAGAAGCACAGUGUGCAUCAGAGGAACUACGACAAGCCCCUCCAGUGGUACCACCAGUGCCCCAAGUGCGCCCGGGUCUUUCGCCAGCUGGAAAACUACGCCAACCACCUCAAGAUGCACAAGCUGUUCAUGUGCCUGCUGUGCGGCAAGACCUUCACGCAGAAGGGCAACCUGCACCGGCAUAUGCGUGUCCAUGCCGGCAUCAAGCCCUUCCAGUGUAAGAUCUGUGGCAAGACCUUCACCCAAAAGUGUUCUUUGCUGGAUCACCUAAACCUGCACAGUGGGGAUAAGCCGCACCGCUGCAACUACUGCGACAUGGUUUUCGCUCACAAGCCAGUUCUCCGCAAGCACCUCAAACAGAUCCACGGGAAGAACAGCUUCGACAACGCAAACGAGGGCAACCUGCACGACGGGGGGCUCGACUUUGAUUUUGGACAAAUGAAAUCUGUGGACCUUUUUUAGCAGCUAUGUUAGGCGGCUGUGGCUAAGUGGAGAGCAGGGCCGUCCUUCAAUCAGAGGAUCGGCGGUUCGAUC